ACUUUCCUCACCCAUCUCGGUGCUUCUGCUCACUGAACUCUCACUCUCUUCCCCCACAUCCCUCACCUCUUCUCCCCCCUUUCUCUCACCCAAAAAACACACGAAACAGAGAGAGUUGGAGAGAGAAAGUAAACCCAGAAAAAAUGCGGUUCCUUCUUCUUCUUUUCCUUCUACUCCUCUUCCGUCUCCACCACAGCCUCGCCGCGAAGCCACCCCGCAUGCCGGAAUAUCGAGCGUUGCUGUCUCUGAAAACCGCCAUAAUCGACGACCAGUCUUCCCUCUUCUCAUGGAACAUAUCCACCAACCACUGCACGUGGUUGGGGGUUCAUUGCGAUGCCCACCGUCGCGUGACCUCCCUCGACAUUUCGGGUUUCAACCUCUCCGGCACUCUCUCGUCCGACGUCGGAAACCUCCGCUUCCUCAUCAACCUCUCCGUUGCUGCCAACCAGUUUUCCGGCCCCAUCCCACCGUCGAUCUCUCUAAUCUCCAACCUACGUUACCUCAACCUUUCAAAUAACAUCUUCAGCGAGAUCUUUCCUCCAGAACUAUCUCGCCUACGAAACCUCCAAGUCCUUGACCUAUACAACAACAACCUGACCGGUGAACUCCCCGUCGACGUCUCAAAAAUGGAAAACCUCCGGCACCUCCAUCUCGGCGGAAACUUCUUCACCGGCAUAUUUCCGCCGGAAUAUGGCGCUUUUCCCGUCUUAGAGUAUCUUGCUGUUUCCGGAAACGAGCUCGGCGGAGUCAUUCCUCCCGAAUUCGGAAAUCUCUCAACUCUUCAGGAGUUAUACAUUGGCUACUACAACAACUAUUCCGGCGGAAUACCUCCAGAAAUCGGAAAUUUAUCACGGCUUAUCCGAUUUGACGCCGCAAACUGUGGACUUUCCGGUGAGAUUCCACCGGAGAUAGCGAAGCUUCAAAACCUAGACACCCUUUUUCUACAAGUAAAUGGUCUGUCCGGACCUUUAACUCCUGAGCUUGGUUACUUGAAGAACUUGAAAUCUAUGGAUCUCUCCAAUAACAUGUUCUCUGAUAAAAUACCGAGUUCAUUUGCGGAUUUAAAGAACUUGACGCUUUUGAAUCUGUUCCGCAACAAGCUUCACGGAUCGAUACCGGACUUCAUCGGAGAUUUGCCGGAACUACAGGUGUUGCAACUCUGGGAAAACAACUUUACCGGAAGUAUUCCACAAGGUUUGGGGACAAAUGGGAGGCUUAAGCUUGUGGAUUUGAGUUCAAACAAGUUAACCGGAUAUCUUCCGCCGAACUUGUGCUCUGGGAAUACGCUUGAAACUCUCAUCGCUCUCGGAAACUUCUUGUUCGGUCCUAUUCCGGAAUCACUUGGCAAAUGCAAGUCCUUGAGUCGGAUUCGAAUGGGUGAGAACUAUCUCAAUGGUUCGAUUCCGAAGGGACUUUUGAGCUUGCCUCAGCUUACCCAAGUCGAGCUUCAAGACAAUCUUUUAUCCGGGGGGUUCCCAGAGACGGAUUCAAUAUCGGUCAGUCUCGGACAGAUUAGCCUUUCAAACAAUGACCUCAGUGGGCCAUUACCGCCGAGUAUUGGAAACUUCUCCGGCGUCCAGAAGCUUUUGCUAGAUGGGAACAAGUUUUCCGGCGGCAUUCCACCGGAAAUCGGUAGAUUACAGCAACUAUCAAAGAUGGAUUUCAGUCACAACAAUUUUUCGGGUCCCAUAUCGCGCGAGAUUAGCCAGUGUAAGCUUUUAACAUUUGUUGAUCUUAGUCGGAACCAGCUUCGGGGUGAGAUUCCGACUGAGAUAACCGAUAUGAGGAUCUUGAACUACUUGAACUUGUCUCGAAAUCAUUUCGUUGGAAGCAUUCCAGCAUCAAUUUCUACUAUGCAAAGCUUAACCUCUGUUGAUUUUUCGUAUAAUAAUCUAUCCGGAUUAGUUCCAAGCACUGGGCAAUUCAGUUACUUCAACUACACUUCGUUUCUUGGCAACCCUGAACUUUGCGGUCCAUAUUUGGGACCUUGCAAAGAGGGAAUUGUCAAUUCAACUCGCCAAGACCAUGUUAAGGGGUUAUCAUCUGGUUUGAAGCUUUUACUUGUUAUUGGGUUGCUUGUUUGUUCGAUUGCAUUUGCUGUUGCAGCAAUUAUUAAAGCCCGGUAUUUGAAGAAGGCAAGUGAUGCUCGUGCCUGGAAGCUGACGGCUUUCCAGCGCCUGGACUUCACUUGUGAUGAUGUUUUGGAUUGCCUGAAAGAAGAAAACAUUAUUGGGAAAGGAGGUGCUGGUAUUGUGUAUAAGGGUUUAAUGCCCAAUGCAGAGAACGUUGCAGUGAAAAGGUUGCCGGGAAUGAGCCGUGGGUCUUCGCACGACCACGGAUUCAAUGCAGAAAUACAGACUCUGGGGAGGAUUCGACACCGGCAUAUUGUGAGGUUAUUGGGGUUCUGUUCAAAUCACGAGACCAAUCUUUUGGUUUAUGAGUAUAUGCCUAAUGGGAGUUUAGGUGAAAUGCUUCAUGGGAAGAAAGGGGGUCAUUUGCAUUGGGAUACAAGGUAUAAGAUUGCUGUGGAGGCUGCAAAGGGCCUUUGUUAUCUUCAUCAUGAUUGCUCGCCUUUAAUCGUCCAUCGGGAUGUAAAAUCAAACAACAUCCUUCUGGACUCCAAUUUUGAAGCUCACGUUGCUGACUUUGGCCUUGCCAAGUUCUUGCAAGACUCGGGAACAUCAGAGUGCAUGUCUGCCAUUGCUGGUUCUUAUGGAUACAUAGCUCCAGAAUAUGCCUACACACUCAAGGUUGAUGAGAAGAGCGACGUUUAUAGCUUUGGCGUGGUUCUCUUAGAACUGGUCACUGGCAGAAAACCCGUUGGUGAGUUCGGUGAUGGUGUUGAUAUUGUGCAGUGGGUGAGAAAGAUGACAGACGGGAACAAGGAAGGCGUGCUAAAGGUCAUUGACCCAAGACUCCCAACGGUUCCCUUCAAUGAGGUGAUGCACGUUUUUUAUGUGGCAAUGCUCUGCGUCGAAGAACAGGCUGUGGAACGCCCAACAAUGCGUGAGGUUGUGCAAAUCCUGACCGAGCUUCCAAAGACACCCAGCUCGAAACAGGGAGACCUAACUGUCACGGAGUCCCCUCCACAACCAGCCUCUGCUUCAGAGUCUACCACCACAGCUGCUACGGAAACAAAAGAACAUCAGCAGUUACCACCUCAAUCACCACCACCUGAUCUUCUUAGCAUUUGAGUUGUUCUACUGGAUUGGGGAGUGUUUGUUUUAAAUUUCCCUGAGUUGGGUUAACUUUGUUCUCAUGUUUUUUUUUAGUUUAUCUUUUCUGGUUUGAUUGGGGGCAAGGGGCAAGGGGCAGGCGGCCUUACUCUGACUUUAAGGUGGUGUCAAUGUUUGAAGGUUUUUUUUUUUUGUGUA